AUGCAGGAGAGGCUGCGGCAGCACGUGGCGGAACGGGCAGAGGCCCGAGCGCUCAAGCAGAGACUCCGCGUGCGCGGGCCUCCCGGCAAACGCCCGGGGCUGGCCGAGGGCAUAACAUGGGUCCUGGUUUACAGAACGGACAAGUAUAAGAGACUGAAAGCAGAGGUGGAAAAGCAGAGUAAAAAGUUGGAAAAAAAGAAAGAGACCAUAACAGAAUCAGCAGGUCGACAGCAGAAAAAGAAAAUAGAGCGACAAGAAGAGAAACUGAAGAACAACAAUAGGGACCUGUCAAUGGUUCGCAUGAAGUCCAUGUUUGCAAUUGGCUUUUGUUUCACUGCUCUGAUGGGAAUGUUCAAUUCCAUAUUUGACGGUCGAGUGGUUGCAAAACUCCCUUUCGUGCCCCUUUCCUACAUCCAGGGCUUGUCCCAUCGCAAUCUUCUGGGUGAGGAUUACACAGACUGCUCUUUUAUCUUCCUCUACAUUCUCUGCACCAUGUCGAUUCGGCAGAACAUUCAGAAGCUGCUGGGCCUGGCCCCUUCCCGAGCGGCCACCAAGCAGGCCGGCGGAUUCCUUGGCCCUCCACCUCAGGCUGGGAAGUUCUCCUGAUGCAAAUCGAGUGAUCUGCAGCGUGCCAGCGGAACCCGGAAAACUGUUCUCACUGCAAGAAGCGGAGACUCUGGGGAGGGCUUGGUUGGCUCAGGGCAACUGUGUGUUUCAUCAGGGGCAAAUCCUACAUCCUGCUUGGCGUUACUGGAGAAAUAUGUCAGUAGUUCUUGGUGGGCUGCCUUGCUUCAGGGAAAACUUCAGAAAAGCAGUUCCACUUGAUGAGAAAAUGGCUAAAGAACAGUGACUGAGCCAUACAAGUAGCAUCCAGCUGGAAGACUGCCAUGUGACGUGAAAAUAAAGAAUUGUGCUCGGUUUCUGUGUA